CUUGCAACAUCAUAGUCAUUUCUUCUUUGCAACUGUGAAACUUUGGAAAUUAAAUUGGACUGUAGUUGAUCAGAGAUCAGACUGUUCAGUCUUAUUUGUGAAGAAUUUAUUGGGCAUGAAAAGGGUCUGUGAUAACUGUGGAUGUUUGUAUCUAGUUGUCAGAACAGAAAUGGGUUGAUACAAGUAGGUGUGCAGCAGUUUGCAAAAAUGUGGUGAAAGCAAAAGAAAAGAAAAUCACAAUUUGUUUCUAUUUGCUUUGCAGUUCUGUAGACAGGAAUGGAAUUUAUUUGAACAAUGUUUACUAUUACACAUGCAGCUUCUGUGUUUACCUAACAAUUUUGUUUGGCUGACAAAACCAACAUCAUUUCUGUUGGAAUAGCUGUCAGCUUCUACAUCUUCCGAUGACAUAUGAACUUCACAGCAAAGACCACAUGCUCAUUUUCCUGUGCACCUGCUGAGAAGCUUCCUCUUUCCUUAUGACAUACUUUGACAGAAUGUCAGAUCACCUGGUUCGGCUAUGAAAGCCCUCGUAGUUUCUGGGACUACAUUCGCGUAGCUUGCCGAAAAGUCUCUCACAAUUGCAUCUGCAGUAUUGAGAACAUGGAGAACGUCGGUUCUUCUAGAGCUAAGGGUCGAGCAUGGAUAAGAGUAGCACUUAUGGAAAAACAUUUGUCUGAAUACAUUUCCACAGCUCUGAGAGACUUCAAAACAACCAGGAGGUUUUAUGAAGAUGGAGCAAUUGUUCUUGGUGAAGAAGCAAAUAUGCUUGCUGGUAUGCUGUUGGGACUCAAUGCAAUUGAUUUCAGUUUUUGUCUGAAGGGUGAGGGAUUGGAUGGAAGCUAUCCAGCUGUCAUAGAUUAUACACCGUACUUGAAGUUCACCCAAAGUUCUGACAGUAUCAGCAGUGAUGAAGAAGAGCUGAGAACACUGGGCAGUAGUGGCAGUGAAGGCAGUACUCCAGAGAACAUUGGUCCUCCUUUCAUCACAGAUGAAAACAGUUGGUACAACAAAUGCAAAAGGGUAGAACAGAAGUACCGGCUUGCAUUGGAACAGAAGGGUUAUCUUGAAGAAUUGGUACGACUCAGAGAAAACCAGCUGUCUGAAUCUGUCUCACAGAAUAAACUCCUGUUACAAAGAAUUGAAGAUAUGGAUCUAGCCCAUAAAAUGGAGAAGGAGCAGCUGGAAUAUAUCAUUGUGGAACUGCAAGACCAGUUAACUGUGCUAAAGAAUAAUGACUUGAGAUCAAGACAAGAAUUAACUACUCACCUCACCAAUCAGUGGCCUUCCCCAGGAGCUCUGGAUGUCAAUGCUGUUGCCUUGGACACUCUACUCUAUAGAAAGCACAAUCAACAGUGGGAUGAGAAAAGUUUUCAAAGUCUGGACCAACUUUCAGCAGAAGUUAGUCUUUCUCAAUCCUCUCUGGAUCCAGGUCACUCACAGGAUGGGAAGCAAGAUGGAAUUAACUUGUUAAAUGAAGGAAAGGAAGACACUCCAUCAUUGCUUGGUCUUUGUGGCUCUCUUACAUCAGUAGCAAGCUACAAGUCUCUCACAAGUCUGAAAUCAAGUGAAUACCUUGCAAGUCCCACAACAGAGAUGACAAGUCCAGGCUUAACACCAUCUUGAGAUGCACUCAAGAAGGAAGAGCUUUAUGUUGUAUGCAUUUGAUUUAUGUUCCAUACGAUGACUUGCAGUGAAGACUGCUAGUUCUGAGUUAAAAAAUAAGCUGCUUUAUUUUUUAUUGUCAUGGAUACCUUUAUAAUUCACAAAUUGGAUCAGUUUUUGUUUGCUUUUUCUUUCCCCCAGAGGACUUAUCAGAUACUCUAUUUUAGUCUGGAAUUACUUAAAUCUCUUGUUCAGGUACAGAAUGUAUAAUGUGAUGUUUAUGACUGGUUUUUAAAAUUAAACAGUCAGAAAUCAGACCUAUACUUAAAUGCCAUCAGCUUUGUUUCUCCUUGCACUAGCCUGGACCGGCUCUAGCCACUGUACUCUGCAGUGCUUUAAAUAUUUAUCAACUCCUGCAGAAGAGACAGGGAAUCCUGAACACCAGUCUUUGUAGGCAAAUAAAUACCUAAAAAUCCAGCUUUUCAUCUGUGUAUGUUGCUUAGGACCUCAGAUAGCAUAUUUAACCUAUCAACAGCUUCUCUCAAGUUGACUCCGUGUUAGGUUUUGCAUUCCUGUUAAUAUCAUGGCAUUUAGGAGAUGCUCCAGUCACACUGAAACACAAACACUUGAAAUUGCAUGUGAAUAACAAAUGUAACUUGAUUAUAUAAAUCAAGCAUACAUAGAGAUUUGUGAAUGGUGAGCAAACUCACUAAAUGCUUUCAAGUGGCCUGGGUUACAGAUAAACUAACAUUAUACAAAAAGUUUCUUGCUGAAAAGAUGGGGGCUAUGGAUGAUGGGGGUAAGCAUCUUGCAAAGUUAGGAUUCUGUGUUUAUUGGCAAGAUCCCAAGGAGAGUGGAAAAGGGGAAACAAUGUAAUGGCUGUAUUUGUGUGUUAAAGGACUUUUCUCAUCCCUGUAGUAGUGCAAUAGGCAUUUUUCUUGCUUAGGUAAUACAGAAGAAAUUCUCUAAGUCAGUUUUCUCAAAUUAUUUGCCAUUGAUUUAAAUUACUGACACGAAAAAAAAUGGGAGACAUUUUUUAAAAUGUAACUGACUUUCCAGAUUACCCUACAGUUUCAAAGUUUGCAAAAUAAUUUUUGAAUUGCAAACUAUAUUCUUAAUUCUUUGUAAGAUACAAUGGAUCCUUUAUCUAUGAAUUUUGGUAAUCAAGGUAAUGCUUAUCAGUAUGAUUAGUAACUUUUUAAACAAAAGUGAAAUGCAUGUAAGUAUGUUGUAUUUAUAAGUGCUAGGGAAAAUGCUUUUUUGUGCCAAAGAAGUUUCAUAAAUUGUUUACAUGAGUAGCUGCAAUACAAGACAGAUUUUUAAUUAUUGCUUACUCCUAGGUGUUUACAGUAUGUCACUACACUCUGUACAGGUUUAGUUGAUUUGCCUCUUGUGAUGAUACCUUGGCACUGCUGCUUUAAACUGGUCACCAUAGGGUGGGCUUGAAAGAAAGAAGAUUCAUUCUUACUUUAACUGAAAUAUUUAGUCUUUUGAAGUAGGAGGCUAUGCAUUUGUGGAACUCAAGGCACUGCUGGAUUUAGCUAGAGGAUAAGAAUCCAUCUCCUCAGCUCUCUAGUCCGUGCUGCUGGAGGACACUACUUCCAUGGCCGGGUACAAAACCAGUGAUGCUAUUUUAAUGCAGAAUUUUAAAGUAGUUUAACAAAACCACCAGGUCUUUCAAGCCCUUGUGUACCCACACAGGUAAUUUCUCUAUAAUAAAUGCUGACCAUUACCUCCUUUCAUACACCUUCAGAAUGUCCAUUACUUCAUGGAACUUUUUUUUGAUCACAUUAAGCACCUGUUUCUUGAGUAACAUUAUUAAAUAUAAAUUUGUAAAUUAGA